AAGCAAGAUGAGAUCAAACAACGAUAUGCGUUCAUCCUCGUCGACCUUGUCGGCGGCACCAAGUUUGACCAUGAGCAAGCCUAGCUUGAACAAUAGCAAGGCAAGCCUCACUCACAGUCGGCAGAGCAUAACGGAGUCGAACAAAGAGCCGGGGCCACCUACGCGGGAAGAGAAGAUUGCAGAAUUCCUGGACAAGGCCAAGUUCUACACUUCACUUUGUUUAGGAACAACCGCCAUCCUGUCUGUAUUUGCCUUUCUGUUCCUGAUCCCGUUUGUCGUGGAUCCGGCCAUAUCUACCAUAGUGGCCGAUUACGACCCAGUGCCUGUGACGUGCGUGGUGACGGACCACGUUUACUCCGAGGGCAGGAGAAAUUGCACCUGGAGCUCGUGCCGAGAAGGUUGCACCACGGAGGCCAUCCGGUGUCACCAGUUGCUUGUCAACUACACCAAAAUUGCAUAUCACGAAUGGCAAAAGCAGCCCCGCGACCUCGACAACGUAGAGUGGGACGUGAUGGACACCAAGUUCCUCGUCAACACCGAGGGAUGUGGCUAUCCGCCGCGGGUCAACUGUACCGAGUUUGCAAAGAAAUACGGGUACUCGCACGUGGGAGAACCGUUCCCGUGCUAUUUCAGCCGUGCCUACCCGGAAAUGGUGGUGGCUCGCUAUUCGUGGGAUGACAAUCUGAAACAUCUGAUCCUUUCACUGAUCAUACCGAAUGUGCUCUUUGCCGUCUCGAUCGGAGUGCUCAGCUAUUGGUACUGUCCCUGCUGUGAUAAGGCCUGCCACAAAUCGCCGCGAGUGUACGCAGAAAAGUAUCCUACUAAGGAAAACAAACUUCUGUGCCGUAGUGACGAUGAGGAAGAUGAUCUAGACUACUGAAUUUUUUUCGAUUUUACAUCACGCAGCAGCUGAUUUUCCCUCCAGCCCAAAUAAACAAACGCGACAUAAUGCCCCACACAUUUUACACACAAAAAAGUACAUUUUUUUGUUUCACAAAUGAAUCGAAUGCAAGCCCCCCUCGUCAAUCACGCAAUUGGUGCAAAAUUUUGCCACAGAUAACAAGGGAGCAACGAAUAAUUUACAGAUUUGACAGUAACGGAUUUUUGUACCUAAUUUUAAAGUUCCUUUCUUAUGAAUCUUGAAUAGCUGCAUGCUAAAAUCCUUCAGCUAUGUUCAGCAGAUUUCGCUAACUACAAAACGCAUGUUCCUAAAGGGACUUUUUUGUUUGUUUUUUUUUCACGUGCAUACUGGUCAUCGAAACAGACCACCCUAAUCAUUCAUAUCCCAUCACUCCCAUUUAGGAAGAAGGAAAGUGGCCGUCACUAGUUUUAGCAUGUUUUAAAAUAAAAUUUGCAGUAUCAAACUACCGCUUUUCAUCAGAGUAUGAACAUGCUUUUGUAAAGACUUAGCAUCAAGCUUAGUAACUUUAUUGACAGAAUUUUCCUGUAAAUAUUGUACAAACCAACCAAAAAUACUCGGAGCUCAAAUACUUUUGUAAAUACAUUAAGGAAAAUUAUUAAGUGAUGCCGUGAUAUGUGGAACCUGUCGAGAAAUAAACCAACUUCGUAAAAGUUGGCCAAUUAACAUUGUUUUACAGACUAGAUGGCAAUGAACAAUACCUGUAAAACUAAGGCCCAACUCCACAACACACGCAAUCUAUUAUUCAAUAUUUACAUGAACAUUUCUAGUCUUUUGAAUCUUCAAUUAAAGUUCCUUAUAUUAAUUUAUCUUAAUACCAAUAUUUAUCUAUUUAUUUUAGAGUAUACUUGACACUUUUCCUAAUAUAUAUUUUUUGUAUUCCUCUUUGAUUAUUUUCAAUCCUCUGUUUUCGUUGAUUAAAACAAACAACUACAACUACUACAACAUCUACACAUCCUAUUAUACAAUUCUUCCUUUUCAAACGGUUUGGUCCAAUAGUAAAGGAUCUUGGAACAUUGAAUACUCCCAAGAUUACAUAAGUAAAAUUUGAGACCAACUGACACAACCCCGAGCAUCGUCACCAGCGCACCACCAGCAAUCAACGAGAUUCGUCGAACAAGACAUCGUCAUCACGUAUUUGUUUAUCAACGGCCAACACAGUUGCACCGGUUGAGGAAUGCCAUCAUAGUUGUUCUCAUUUCCACGCCGGUCAGUCUUUGUAAGAGGAAAAUAUAUUUCAAAUCGCAACUUAGAUAGAUCAAGACAAACCAAAGUCAAGAGAAAUAAAUUCAAAAUAUUUAUAUUUUUAAUGUCAGCUAACAUUUUUAAACAUCGUGAACACUAAACCAAGUGCAAAAUUGUUAAGUGCUUCAAAGUUAAAUAUUUUCGA